AUGGUCGACUUUGUAUCCUUAGUCCUGGGGUUUCCCGCAACUGUCGAGGGUAUUGUCAAGACAUGUAGGGUAGUACACGAUUAUCGCCAAUUGCAGGACGAUCAUAGGUUAGCAAUUAACCGGGCUAUCUUUGGAACGAAAAAGCUUGCCUACUACGUUGCGUUUAUCAACGUCAAAGCAGUCCAUACAGAUCCUCAGAGCUUGGAAGCUCGCCGACAGCACCUACUCAUAGAAGCAUUCUUGCAUGCAAGUGAUGCAAUGCUGACUAUGGCAUACGUUGUCGAGAGCUGGACAGUCAGGCUACGAAUGGACACAGCAAAAAGUGGUAGGGAGUAUAUGGCUCGUCUUGCUGCAGCGGUAGCGGAGAAGUUAGCGCGAAGCCAGAAAAGUUCAAAUGUAACAGGAUUCGAUCGUUCUCGGAUGGGUAAACUGGUCUCUGAAGUUGCAUACCUUGCAAUGGGCUGCCGCCAAAUCAACGAUUCCAUGGAUGCACUCGAAAGAUGGACUGGAAACCUCAGGGAUAUACUUCUAUCUUUCCAAGAUUUGAGGUCUGUUAGGGAUCCGUUUCCAGGCUCGGAGGAUGAAAUGAAGGACAUUGCCGAUGAACUACUGCUUAUCUCUCGGUUGAAGACUCGCGCAGAACAAAACGAGACGGUGAAUCAUAUAGUAGCUUCGGAAAUCGACACAUAUAAAGACCUAGACGAAAUCCAUCCGACCGGUUUUUAUUCAAUCGAGAAGGGCCGUUACAUGGGCUGCAUCAUUGACAGACGCGACAUGAACUACCUCAUUGCACAGGAGAAGGGAGAGCAGGCUGUCAGCGAGACAGACAAUAUUGCGCGACUCUUUGCAGAAGAACGUUCGGGGACAGCAAAUGUGUACACUGCCAGCUUUGGAAUCCUACGUUGUUGUGGAUGGGCUCAGGUGUCAACCAGAUUCUUAAGCACAGAGCACGAUUUGGUUCUCAGGCCACCUUCAGGAACGAGCUCUCCACGUACCCUGCGUAUGCUUCUCCUCGAUGGUCCUCCACAGCAUCCACUGGAAUCACGCCUCCAAUUUUGCAUUCAGCUUGCAACGUCUGUACUCAUUGUUCACUCCUUGAAUCUGGUUCAUAAGGACAUUCGGCCAGACUCGAUACUCGUUUUCGAAUCGCUCAAACCACUCAAUGCCAAGGAAGACGAUUUCUUCCCGAAAAAGCUCGGUUCUCCUUAUCUUGCCCGUUUUGAUCGCGCACGAUCCGAGGAUGUCGACACUGUAAUAAAUCCCUUUGCUUAUUCACCCUAUAUGAGGGAUUUAUAUACUCAUCCUGUCCAUACCACGAGUGCAGAGCACAUUCGGUAUAGCAUGCGCGAUGACAUCUACAGCCUUGGAGUCGUUCUUAUCGAGGUGGCGCUCUGGAAAUCUUUGUUCUCCUGGUCAGAACAGAAAAAAUGUUACGACGCAGACUUCUCUUGGUUCGAUUUCUCAGUUGAAAAGUACAAACAAAUAUUUACAGACAGGGGUCAGCCAGAGUACAGAAACAGGGGUUGGCUGGUACGUUGGGACUUAAUUGAACUAGCGGAGCGCGAAAUUCCGGUCAUCAUGGGCACGACGUUCAAGGACGUAGUCGUGUCGUGUCUGACGUUCGGAGAACCAUCGAAGCCUACCCUGGACGAGUCUGUCAAGAAGAUCAUGGAGGCCGGCUAUCAGCCACAAGGCGAAAGCGUGCUGUUUGUCCAGAAUAUCUUGUCGAAGCUGCGGAGACUUAAUUUAUCUUGCAGAGAUCUGUCUCCACAAGCGUGA